AUCUCGGUACGGCAAAUUCAAUCUGUUUAAGCAAAGCACAAAUAUAUCUGUUUUGGACCAAUGGGCCUAGACAUACACAAGUAGUUCCCAGGCCUAAUCCAAUCUCCAGGCCUAGGAAAAACAACCCCGGACCGCGUGCGUUUCGCUUCCGCCCCUGCUGUUUCUGUUUCUUGGCGUUCACCCCCUCUUUCUCUCGUGGCGACGACGACGACCGUCGCCUUCCCCUACGCGCUAGGUGCCAGGGUCCGUCGGGUCCUUCGCUGGCGACGGGCAACUACCAGGCAACCUAGUGGUGUGUUCGGGAACGUUUCCGAGGGCGGGCGGCGGCCCCCAGUGGCGAAGAUGAUCCGACUACCGACGUACGCAGCAGGAGGCGUCCGUUGCCAUCUUCUUCUCCUUUGAGUAUAUGAUACUAGCAACAUCCACAGUAUCAACAUUCGUGAAGUAUAUAUUCUAUGUUAGUGACAUGCUAAUGGAAGGUCAAUGGGAGAAAAAGGCAGUGUAUACAUUUUACUUGGUUCGUGAGCUAUAUGUGACUUUUCGCAACUUCAGAAUUCGCAUUGCAGAUUAUGUGCGCUACAGAAAGAUCACUUCCAACAUGAAUGAACGCUUUCCAGAUGCUACAUCAGAAGAGCUCGAUGUGAGUGAUGCUACAUGUAUUAUUUGCCGUGAGGAAAUGGCUACAGCAAAGAAACUGCUCGAUGGGCAUCUGUUCCAUGUGCAUUGUCUAAGAGAAACAGGAGAACAGGCUGAAGAAGAGGUUCCUCUACGGCUUCUCCAUGGGAGCUUCAGCUCCACAGGAAGGAUUCUCUCUACUGGGACGGUGCCGUGCUGCUUGCCCCAAUGUGCAAGGGUUAUUGUAUAUUAACAACCAACAGUAGUGUCGAAGGAGCACAAGAUGAUGUGUGAGCACAAAGUGGCCAGCAAGAAUGGAGUCAUGGAACAUCGGCAGGAGGGGUGCGACAGCGGCAACCGAUGUAUCCCUUGGACAAUCUGGUUUUGACAUGAUGCAAAUCAAUGUGCUGUACAUUGUAUUCUGCACUUGCACAGAUUGUUUGGCUAAUUACAGGAUUAUCUCAAUGUUUUGGUUUGGAUUUAAAGUACACUUAUGUAUGAAAUAUUUAUUGGUACUCAUCUAUAUUAUAUUAAUUAUAUUAUUAUUAAAUA